GUAAUUUCGCGUUGAACUUGCGUAGCGAACGGACGUGUUUACGCGGGGGCGUCGCUUUAUUUUUGUAAAAAAUCGAAAUCAAAUCGUAAAAAAAUUUAAUAAUAGCCCGAACAACACAAGAAUUGUGUGUAAAUUAUUAAUAUUCAGUGCAGUGCAGUGUGUGCUUAAAUGCAGCUGAAGUGAUCUUAAUAUUAAAUCGAAGCGCAUUUCAAAAAGAAAGAAAUAAAGAAAAUCAAAGAGAAAGUGCCAAAGCCAAAGUGAUUUGUUAUUGCUAGAAAUUUUGUGUUGUGUUCUUGGUACACUAUUGUUGCUGUUGCUUCUGUUGUCUUUCAGCGCGCAACGCGCUGCUUAUGCAAAUGUGCUGCGCUGCGCUGCGUCCUCACACAGCGGUGGCCAAACAAAUUGCAGCUGCUCUCAAGCGCCUGCAAGUUUUAUGAAUGAGUCGGACCCGGACUCGGGGCACAGGAUCAGCAGCAGCAGCAACGUGAAUAGCCGCAGCAGCAGCAGCAGCAACAACAUCAGUUGUUGGAGUAGCAGCCUCUCAUCACAAUGGCCUUCAGCUAUGCCUGCCUCGUGCUGCAGCGUGUCGUCUUGCCGGCGGUCCUGGUGCUGGCAUCACUCAUGCGACCCGUGGGCAUCUCGUUCGUGUACAUGUUAAUGUUCUUCAUGUCGCCCUUUGUGCCGCUGGCCACACGCCGCAACUUCAAGGGCUCGGUGACCGCCUUCUUUAUCAUUCUGCUGGCGUUGAGCACUCUCGUUCUCCUUGGCCACAUUGCGCUCCAGGUGCUGGCGCUGAGCACCGCGCUGCCCAUCUACAAUUGUUCUUUUAGCGAGCGUCUGUUGCGGCACAUUGGAUUCGUGAGCUUCGUGGAUCUGCGACCGCUGGCUAUAAUUGAAUGGCUGGCACCGGAAGUGCUCGUCUUGGCCACGUCGUUGGGCGCGUUUCUCAGCGUGAAGCGUUUGGCACUGCAAAAUAUCAAUGCCGAGCAGCUGGAGAACGGCGAGUUGCCCGAUUCGCAGUCGGAGCAGCAAGUGAGCAGUCAACAGGAUGCCAAUGGCAGCGAUGUGCAACAGGCGACGGCGACAACACCGCUGCAACAUCAACAGCAGCAGCUGCGCAAACGCGUCUCCAUGAUCAGCCAGCACAUACACUUUGAGGGAUUGAUUAAGAUCUCUCCUUUGUUCUGCCUGGCCACACUGUUCUUUGCCGCCGUGCUGCGUCCCUCAGUGCCUGGAGGCUUCUACUUUCUCAUCUUUCUGCUGGCGGGCACCUACUGGGCAACCUGCCAGACGCUGCAACGGGGUUUUGCCUUGUUGCUGCGUUGCGUGAUGUUUGUCCUUGUGCUGCAUUCGCUGUGCAUUGUUUCCUAUCAGACGCCCUGGAUGCAGAGUCACCUCAAUCACACCAGUCUCGCAGCACGCCUGAUUGGCCUGGAGCCGCUCAUCGAGUCCGACUGCGUGCCCGACAUACGCAUUUUGCUGUACAACAAUCGCUUGUCCUUGGACUCGUAUCUGAAUCCAUUUGCUUUGUUCUUCGCCUACUUUGCACUGGCGCUGACCACAAAGCAUCUGAUUAAGCCGCGGUUGGUGCGUCAGAGCACUCGAAAGGCACGCACUCCUCAGGCUCUGGAGUCCACGACAGCGGCGGCGACAACGGCGCCGAGCGGCUCUCGUGGCAAUGAUAUACAGUUGGACACCAUUGAACGUCGAUCGGAGCAAGAGAAUAAUACCACAUCCAUAUUGGAUCAAAUAUCAUACGGCUUUGUCAGUGUCGGCGGAUUUAUCUAUCAGAAUAGCUAUAUAUUCACCAAUAUACUGAUGAUGGCCUGGUCCAUAGUCUAUCACAGCUGGCUGACCUUUGUGCUGCUGCUGUGGGCCAACGUGCUGUGGAUGAUACCCAAUCAGCGCAAGGCCAUGAUGCGCUCUAGUCCAUUCAUUGUACUCUACGCUGAGCUACUGCUGGUGGCACAAUACAUCUAUGGCAUGGAUCUGAAUAAUAACGAGCUGCCAACCAGGGUUUCUACAGCGGGCAUUAAUUUGCAGCAAAUUGGCUUCGAGCGACCAAUUGAGAAUCAUAUGCGUCCAUGUGUGCCGCUGAUUGUGAAGACCGCGUUUGUGCUAAUGUUCUGGGUGACGUCGCGUCAGUUCUUCAAGGAGAAGCGCGACAGACGCCGAGAUAGCACACUGGCUGACAUUAUUGCACCGCUGCAGAUUACCGUGGGUUCGGCUGGCUCCAGUUACCUCAUCAACGAUGGCAAGAAGACCUCAAAGUUCCUAAAGAAAGCGGGCGAUGUGAUCAAGAAUCUGUUGGUGCGCCUCUGGAUCUGGCUGCUUGUGUUGGUCAUCUUUUUGUGCGCCAUCACAGGCGAUGAUAUGACCGGUUUUCGCAUCUGCUACAUGGCAUUGUUCCUAUUCUUCUUGCUGGUAUUUCAAUCGUCGUCCAAGGCGUGGGUCAAGAUUAUGUAUGGCUUUUGGCUCUUCUUGAUCUUCUACGCCAUGUCCAUAUUGAUAUUGAUUUAUACAUAUCAAUUCGAUAAGUUCGACAUGUACUGGAAGGACUAUCUCAAUGUGUCCCAAACUCUUCAAGCUGAUAUUGGCUUGAAGCUCUACAAGACUAAGGAUCUGUUCCUGCAUCUGGUGUCGCCCACAAUUAUUGUGAUACUCACUGUCAUACAGGUGCACUAUUUCCACAAACGUUUCAUUGCCUCGCUGCAGCAACAGCCCACCACACCGGGCACGAGAAGUCAACUAACGGCGGCAAACGCACAGCAGAAGCGCACAGAGACAGCUGCCUUGGAGGCAGCGCCAUCAAAGCGUCGAGGCAGCGCCAGCUCCAUAAGGCAGCGUUCCACGGAAGCAGCCGGGACUGCAGCUGGUGCUACGACGACAGACUUUGAGACAUCUGUGCGUGAUUUGGUGCGCAUCUCAUUCCGCAAGAUUAAGAACAAGUCUGAGUACAUCUUCAAGCGAUUCAAGACCGUCUUUUGGCGCUUCCUCGAGCUGCACAUCAUGAAGGCCGUCUACAUUGCGGCCUUUGUGUGCAGCGUGAGCGAGGUGUGUGUGCUGCACAUUAUCUUUGUGGGCUUCUGUGUGCUGGGCGCCACAUCGCGCAAAGCUGUCCAGGUGGUGAUCAGUCGCCUUAUCUCAUUCAUUGUCACCAUCAUUGUGCUGUCGAAGAUGAUCUAUCAAAUCGAGUAUUUGGAUCACAAUCAAUACAGCGUUACCUGCAGCGACAAUCGCACGGCUAACAAUGCCGAGUGGAUUGGUCUCAACAAGGCGGACAAACUGGAAGGCGGCUUGAUGGGUUUGUUGCGUACUUACAUCAUCUACAUGGUCAUCGUCACUAUGCAUGCAGUCAUCUCGCUGCGUCAGCUGCAGAUGCGCGUCAAGAUUGGCGAGAAUGCCGCCAAUCAGCCAAAGCUGCUCUUCCAGCAAAUAACGCGUGCCGAUGCCGAGAAGGAUCUGGUUGGCCUGGUCAAAUAUCUGCUCAACUUUGGCUUCUACAAGUUUGGCAUUGAGAUCUCGCUGAUUGCUCUCGUCUCGACGAUCACGUAUCGUCAGGAUAUUGUGGCUGUAGUGUAUGCUGUAUGGUUGGUGGUGCUUCUGCUGCUUAAGCGUUCGCAAUGUGCCAAAAUGUGGGGCGUAUUUCAGGCGUUCUUUGCCAUCUCCAUACUGCUGCAGUAUAUUGUGUUGGUCGGUUUGCCGCCCAGCUGGUGCAUGAGCUAUCCUUGGGAUGAUGGCGCUUUUGGCGAGAGCAUACAACGCUGGACUAUGUUGCCGGGUCAGCUGCACUUUAAUCAUGUGCCCAAGCUCAUCUUUGACUUCAUUGUGCUGAUUAUCUUGAAUCGCCAGAAGAGCAUCUUCUGCAUUGAGCAACGCUACGCUACCAACGAUGAUUACCCCGGUGGCAGCAAUCGUAGCGUCAUCGCAGACAUUGCCCAGUUGGGUCGAGUGCCUUUCGAUAAUCCCACCCAUGAUUUCUGCUCGUACAUUCGCAACUAUUCAGACAUCUUGAAGAAUGGCAUACUGUGUGGCUUCUAUUGGUUUACCUUGGCUGUCGUCUUUUUGGCUGGCACAAAUAUCGCUGAUCUGCUGGCUCUGGGCUAUUUGAUUGGCGCCUUUGUUUUCCUGUGGCAGGGGUCCGAUUUCUAUCUGCGCCCCAUUGCAACCAUCAUCAGUCGCUGGAAGUGGCUGCUGGCCUUUAAUGUGGCCAACAUACUGAUCAAGACGAGCUUCCAAAUGGCCGGUUGUUUGUUUAUGACGCCGUUGACCACACACUGCUGUUGGUUGGUCCAUAUGCUGGGCAUCACUUGCACCAGCAAUGUGAUCAAGGAACAGCUCCACGUGGCCGACGAAGCAGAAGUAUUGACGGACUCCACAGGCUGUCCGAAGAUGACGCAUCAAGUUGUGUUGCUGUGGGAUGCGAUUUGUUUUGCAUUUAUCAUCUUUCAGCUGCGCAUCUUCCAGUCGCACUACUUCUGUCACAUCAUCACGGACACCAAGGCCAACAACAUACUGGCCUCCAGAGGAGCGGACAUCAUUGAGAGCUUGCGUCAGAAGCAGAUUGCCCAUCGGCAUGACCAUGAGAAGCAGGUGCUGCACAAGAUCAAGCGCAAGAUGGAGCGCAUUCGUGCCACACAACAGAAGAUGCUGCGUCCACUGGACAAGCAGACACACUUCGAUGGGCAACCCACGCCCUUGGAACAAUCGUUGUCGGAAGCUGCGCCUUUGGCGCAUCAGAGCAGCUUUGUCUCCUGUCAGGGCUCCGGCUAUCAGACGCCAGAUGGCACCAGCUCUAAGAGCAACAGCUCAGGCAGCUCAUCGGGCACAUCCUCGCCAGCGCGUGCUUCGAUGCUCUCGAGCAGCAGCAGCAUCGUGGAGAGUGUUGAUAGCGCCGAUGCAGCUGUCAUCAUUGAGCCAGAGAUCAAUAUUAUGCUCUGCGACGAUGCCAUGGACUAUGUGGAUGUGCAAUCCGCCAGCGAGGAGCCAGAGGACACAGCUCCCAUAAAACCCAAACCUAAACCCGACACACUGGCGACAACAGCUGAAUGUCACUUUAAACUACACACUUCGAAGGCCACGACGCCAAGCACGGAUGCGUUGUCUGCCCUGCUCACCGAGGGAUUUCUGGAGCCCAAGCGCAUCUCUUUGGGACUGGCUCCUUCGGAACAGAUUACCACGAUGCAGACGCUUGUGCCGCCUUUGGCUGCCUAUGCCACAGCGAUGGCUUCGAGUGCGACCAGCUCGGUGAAUCUGACGCCCAAUUUGCGACGUCAACAUCGACGACAAUCGUCGACAAAUGCGGCUGUGUCGUGGAACGAAACGGUGUCCAUCAAGCACUCGCCCCUGAAGCAACAUGCGUCGCCGGAACACGAGGAGUUGGUGACAUUGCGUCAAAAGUCGCUGCAUCGCCGACAUCUGAGCAUGGGCAAUGCUAGCUACUCCCUAGACGAGGCACAGGCGCGUAUGCGACGUGCUAGCAAUCUCUCAGGGGCCAGGGAUGAAGCUGCAAUGCGUUAUGCCCAGCGACCGCAUAGCUGGGGACCCGUGGGUACGGCCUACUAUAUGGAGUCGCUGAUGUGCGCCUUCUAUGAGCCCGCACUGCUGCAUGGACCAUCUACGCGUGCUGGAGAUUAUUACAUGUUCGAGGAGAUGGAUGACAAGUUUGAGCUGGAUCUGAUACACGAUGAGAUCGAUUUCAUGGAGGAGGAAAAUAUCACCGAGAGCGAAAUGAAAAUGCAGCGACGCAAGACGCUCUACGAUGUUUGGAAGGAUCUGAAUGAUGCCGAGUAUCGUCGUCAUUUGUAUAUGCGUGAACGUUCCUAUGCCUCCGAGCCGGGAUCACGCAUUCAACUCAAGCUGGACGCUGAGAAGGAGAUCAAUGAACUGGAUGAAUUGGAUCAAGAUCGCGACGAUCGCGAUGAUGACGACGAUGAUACGAUUGAGUGUGACAUUGGCAUACGCACUUCAACGCUCUCCGAGCCGCUCGACUUUGGUCGUCGCAGUCAGACGUUGCUCGAGAUAAAAUCCAAGGAUGCGCCCACGGACUUUUUCCCCUCUACCAGCAAAGGAGUCUCCAAGGAACGUGAUGCCGCGGCCAGUAGCAUGAGCAGUCCCAAACCCACAAAGGAUCUCACCGAUCUACCCGCAACGUCUGCUUUGACGACGGCGCCACGUGAAGCCACCUCGAAGGAAACCUCAGAUAGUAAAUCCAAAAUGGAGCUGGACAGCGGUGAUGUCACAGCCAAGGACUCUGAUGAGGAUUUCGAUACGAAUCCCAUUAUACGUUUGCUGGAAGGAUUCCUCGUUACGUUAACCAUUCGUCUGAAUCGCUUUUCGCGCAAUUAUCGCUUUGUCAAUCGCAUUUUGGCUGGUGAAAAGAAGACACUCAAGGAAUCGAGUUCGCUGAACCGUCUUGGACUCUCCAGUGCUGCGGCCAUGUUCCACUUUCUGAAAUCGAAUCUCGAGAGUGAUGAGAAUGGUGGGCAGCCCGUUACUUCAUCGACACCGCGCCGCACACAGGUCACAGCAACAAUACCGUCAGCCACAACAUCAGCUACAACAACUUCAGACAAUCUCACUGAACACUAUAGCACGCCACCCAACACAAAUACAAAUACAAAUACAACAACCACACCGCUCUCACCGCAAGAACCACUCGCAACACCACCACAACCACCACCAGCAACCAGUACACCACACCAAUCACACCACGCUGGCGAAGAUAUCAUCGAAAUACCCGUAGACACUGUUGAUGCCGCAGCCUCUAGAAAACAAUCAAUCAGUUCAUUGCCGCCGACUAAGGGUCGCAAAUCGGAUUGCGGCCUGCCUGAGAUACGCAUUAAAGCGCCAUCUAUGGAGCGCAGUGGGCAACAGCAGCAGCAAACGCCACAUCAUUUUACGCCACAUUCAUAUCCGCAGCAGCAUCAGCAGCAUUCGCAUCAUCAACAGCAGGCGAGCAUUGGUUCCGGCUCGCUGAGCAAGCAUUGGUCCUACGAGCACGUGGACAGCGCCGGUGAAUUCAAUCUGGAGGAGGAGAACUUUGCCCAACGCGAUCAUCACAUCAUUGUCGAGGUGCUCAUCUCCUCUUGGUAUGCUCUACUGGCCAAUACGGAUCUCAUCUGCUAUAUUGUGGUGUUUAUCAAUCAGGUGGUCAAUGCCAGUCUCAUUUCGUUGCCGCUGCCCAUCAUGGUCUUCCUCUGGGGCACAUUAUCGCUGCCGCGUCCUACAAAGACUUUCUGGGUCACACUGAUUGCCUACACGCAGGCCAUUGUGCUGAUCAAGUGCAUCUUUCAGUUUAAACUGAUCUGGUCCAAUUAUAACAAUUUGCCCAAUCAGCCGUUGGCCCCCGCAAAGAUCUUUGGCGUCGAGAUGAAAACUCACUAUGCCGUCUAUGAUUUGAUACUGUUGCUGGUGCUGUUUCUGCAUCGUUAUCUGCUAAAAUCGCAGGGUCUGUGGAAGUCUGGCUACAAGGAUGUGGAUCAGCAGUUUACCAAGCCCACAGCUAGCAUAGACGAGCGCGAGGAUAGCGAUAAUCUGUCGCAGCCUGACUCGCGACAAUUGAACGAUGAUGCGGCCCAGAAGAUGAGCUUACAGGUUAGCCAAGUGUCGUUGCCUGGUUCACCGGAGUACAGCAAGUCCGCCAUCAAUCAGUUGGAACGUACCAAAUACACCUCGUCAUUGCACAAGUUUUUCUUCAGUCUGGUGCACAAAUCGCGUCUGGCCACCGAUGUCUAUGCCUUGAUGUUCCUCUGCGACUUUAUCAACUUUUUUGUUCUGCUCUUUGGCUUUACGGCAUUUGGCACCCAACAAACGGAGAGCGAUGGCGGUGUGCAGACUUAUCUGGCGGAGAACAAGGUGCCCAUUCCCUUCCUGAUCAUGUUGCUGGUGCAGUUCCUGCUUAUUGUCAUCGAUCGUGCACUGUAUUUACGCAAAGCUCUGGUCAACAAGAUCAUCUUCCAUUUCUUCUCGGUGAUUGGCAUACACAUAUGGAUGUUCUUUGUGGUGCCUGCGGUAACGGAGCGCACCUUUAAUUCCCUGGCUCCACCGAUCAUCUUCUAUGUGAUUAAAUGCUUCUACAUGCUGCUUAGCUCGUAUCAGAUUAAGUCGGGCUAUCCCAAGCGCAUUUUGGGCAACUUUUUCACCAAGGGCUUCUCGAUGGUCAACAUGAUUGCGUUCAAGGUGUACAUGCAAAUACCCUUCCUCUACGAGUUGCGCACCAUUCUCGAUUGGGUGUGCAUCGACAGCACCAUGACCAUCUUUGAUUGGCUCAAAAUGGAGGACAUUUUCUCCAACAUCUAUCUCAUACGCUGCACUCGGCAAUCGGAAACCGAUUUCCCGGCGAUGCGCGCACAGAAAAAGGCUUCACUCUCCAAGCUUAUCAUGGGUGGCACUGUUGUGCUACUAAUUGUGAUUUGCAUUUGGGGACCGCUUUGCUUGUUUGCCCUGGGCAAUGCCGUGGGCAGCUCCAAUGUGCCCUAUCAGGUGUCAUUGUCCAUUCGCAUUGGACCCUAUGAUCCCAUCUACACGACCAACAACUACGAUAGCAUUUUUGAAAUUGACUCCAAAAUGUAUACUCAGAUGACAAAUGCCUUCUUCAAGAACAAGCAGGCGCUCACCUUUAUUGCCGGCUACGAUGCCACCGAUGUGGCGGCAGUUAAGCUGGCGGGCAACUCGCCUUCGCUGUGGAAUAUUGCGCCGCCGGACAAGCAGCGGCUAACCAACGAUCUGCGGAAUAAUCACACAUUAAUAGCCCGCUUCUCCUAUUCGCUGACGCGUAAAGCGCCGGCCAAGGGUCUCAAGGAGAAUGUGGGCGAUGAGCAUGUUAUCAAGCUGGACGAGACCUUCGAGGGACGCGCUGCACUCAUCAAUAUGCUGAAUGAGACCCUGGAUCCAAUAGAGACCAACGAAAAUGGCACCACAAAUGGCAACAACACGACAUCCGCAAACAGUUCUGCGGACGAUGUGGUCGUAGUGCUGCCCAACAUGAUACCCAAGUUUAUCAAGGUGCUGAACUCGGGCGACGCCUUUGUUGCCACUGUGAUGAGCGGCAAGGAGCAGGAGUAUCGACCGCUGGUCAUUAAACUGCAUCGCGACAAAGCCACCAAGGCUAUGUGGUGGGAGAUUCGCGACUAUUGUUAUGACAGCCUUUACAAUAACACGCUGAAGGAUUUGGCCUACAGCGACUGCAAAUCGGGCAUUGUGAUGUACACGUUCAACGACAAGAAGUUCCCAUCGACCUUCAGCUUCCUCACAGCUGGCGGCAUCAUUGGUCUUUACACUACGUUUGUGUUAUUGGCCUCGCGCUUCAUGAAAUCCUUUAUUGGUGGACAGAAUCGCAAGAUCAUGUUCGAGGAUCUGCCCUACGUGGAUCGUGUGCUGCAACUUUGCCUGGACAUCUACUUGGUGCGCGAGGCAUUGGAGUUUGCACUAGAGGAGGAUCUAUUUGCCAAACUGCUCUUCCUGUAUCGCUCGCCCGAAACGCUGAUCAAAUGGACGCGACCCAAAGAGGAGUAUUUGGAUGAUGAUGGUGACACUGACUCCAUACCCAGUCGCAUGAGUGUUCGUCGCCCUGAGCAGCUGCAGCAGCAUCAAUAUCAGCAGCAACAGCAGCAGCAACAAUAACAUAGGUUAAAUAAUUUAAAUAUUUGAGUUAAUUAGGAAUUUGUUUACGUAUGAAUGAUGUACGUAUUUAUUGCGUUAACGUAGGUUUCAUAGUCUUUUUUAAAUUUAUACAGCAAAUUAGUUAAAAAAACGUGAACGAAAAAAGAAAAACAUAAACGAAUAUCGAAUAUUGAAAUGCAAAAACUGAAAACAGAAACACAACAAACCCUCAACAACAACAACAACCACAUCAGAAACGACACGAAAAACACACUUACUGUUAAUUACAAUAAUAACAUUUGUUUAGUUAAAUAACGUCAAGUACUGCCGCCAUGUGAAUGGGAAAACUGUGUAAAAGUCGUUGCGAAAACUAUACACCAACUAAAUAUAACUAGUGCAUGUCUUAAGUCUAGCAAUUGUAACUAAUUUAUUAAGUGCAAAAGUGUUGCUGUUCGAUUAGAUAAACGAAAUAAUAACGAGUAAUAAUUUGUUUAAGUUAUCAACUAAGUCAUACUUACAUAUAUACUUAUGUGUGUAAAAACUCUAUAAUAAUUAUUGUUAUAAUUAUAAUAAUAAUAAUAAUGAGAACUCAUAUUCAGGGAUUUUUAGCAUUUUACAAAACAAACAUAAUUGUAAAUCAAUACAACUAACUAACAACUGCAACUAACAAAACUUAAACUACGCAUCCAAGCAGUUCAGUGAACAAAAUCAAAAACAAAAAUAACAAUAAAUAAAUGUUUUGUAUUUACAAUAAUAGUGAAUUAAAUGUAAAUGUAAACUUAAUAAGUGUCGUGUGCGCAAGCUUCAAGAAUUUUGUACGUAAAUAUUUAUGUUGCCUUUGAAAUGAAAAGUCUAGAAAAACUAUAUUAAAUUGAAUUGAUAUUAUGUAUGCAUAUGUUGGAAAUGUUUGUUAAAAGAAAAUAAUCUAUAGUGCUAUGUACAUAUAUAAACAAAAAAUGAUAUAUAGUGGAAAGUGCGUAUAUGUUGCAUGCAUGUUUAUAUAAAGCGUUGAAUUUAUUUAUAGGCAUAUCACAUUAACAUAUUUUUGUAUAUCGAAUGCAAAUUGUAUUAUUUGCUUAACGGAUAAGCGGCAAUUUCAUAUCAAAAUGCAAUAAUUCAAAGGCUUACAAUACGCUCUGCUUAAUUAAAAUUGAAUGUCAUCAAUCCGAAAUAAAUAAGCCUGUGUAUACCUAAUAUGUAUCUCAAAUGGGCAAUCUCCAAUUAGCAUUAGAUUAAAUACACAUACACAUCACACACACACGCCAACUAAAAACUUUAUGUGCUAUUUUAUACAUAUUGAAAUGAAUUAAUAAACUGACGAAACAAAAAAGAAAUCAACUAAUUUUUGUACCAAGAAACAAACAAUAUUUAAAGAUUAACAUAGAAGUAUAAUUAAUAACAAAAAGUGUACCUAUUUUUAGCGUUUAAUAUUUUAAUUAG